UCUGUUUAUGGGUGUUUUUGCUGAUUAUUGUGAAGCUGCAUCAUGUCCGUGGUGAUUGAGACCACGCUGGGCGAUCUGACCGUCGAUCUAUUCACAACCGAACGCCCCAUCGCAUGCCUGAACUUCCUAAAGCUCUGCCGGCUUAAGUACUACAACUACAAUCUUUUCCACACCGUGCAGCAGGGAUUCAUAGCGCAGACCGGGGAUCCCAGCGGCGCUGGAGAUGGCGGCUCCUCCAUCUGGGGCGUUGUGGAGGGCCCACAGAAGCGCUUCUUUGAAGCCGAAUACCUGCCCAAGAUCCACCACUUGAAUGCCGGCAUGCUGUCACUUGUGAGCGCAGGAAAGAACCUAGUGGGCUCUCAGUUCUUCUUCACCCUGGGGGAGGACCUGACAUCGCUGGAUGGCACCCACUGCGUCAUUGGCGAGGUGGUGGAGGGUCACGAGGUGCUGCGCCAGCUGAACGAUGCCAUUGUGGAUGAAAAGUUUCGCCCCUACCAGGACAUACGCAUAACUCACACGGUGGUACUGGAGGACCCGUAUCCCAAUCCACGUGGCCUGCAGGCGCCCAGCCGCUCGCCAUCGCCCAGUGCCGAACGGUUGAAGAACGGUCGCAUCGCCGCCGACGAGGACAUCGACGACACCGACGGCAUGACAAUGGAGGAAAUGCAGGAGAUGCUGGCCGAUCGCGAGGCCAAGGCCCGUGCCACUAUACUCGAGAUCGUGGGCGAUUUGCCAGAUGCGGAUAUGGCCCCCCCUGAAAACGUACUCUUCGUGUGCAAGCUCAAUCCGGUCACGACGGACGACGACCUGGAGAUCAUCUUCAGUCGCUUUGGUGUGGUGAAGGGAUGCGAGGUGAUACGCGAUCGGAAGACCGGCGACUCCCUGCAGUACGCCUUUGUGGAGUUUGAGGAACAGAAAUCCUGCGAGGCUGCCUACUUCAAAAUGGACAAUGUCCUGAUCGACGACCGCCGCAUACACGUAGAUUUCUCCCAAUCCGUGUCGAAGGUUACGUGGCGCGGCAAAGGACGUGGCGUGGAGGGCGUUGACGGCAAGCUGGACUUUGACAAUCUACGGGACAACAAUGAGCGGAGGCCCCAUAACAACGGCAGGGGCAGAGACAGAGACAGAACUGAUGAGCAUCGGGAUCGCAAGAGGCCUGACGAUCCGAGAAGUCGAAUGAGCUCCGCGGAGCGUCGAAAGGCGAGAGAACAACGCCACCAGGAACAGAACGAACAUCGGGACAAUCGAAGGCGUUCCCGAUCCAGAGAUCGAAACGAGCGAAGAAACCCAAAUGAGAGGCAGAUCAGGGAGGGCAACGAUGGAAAACGUUUCAAUGAUCGCCGGCGCUCAUCAUCCAGGGAUCGUAUCAAUCGAAGAGAUCAUCGUAUGGACAUGAGAAGAUCCAGAUCCAGAGAUCGCAACGAACACAGGCGAGAGAGAUCCCCACAAGGAGCCAGACAUUAUGGUCAAAGCAGAGAACCCAUCAGGAACAGAGAUAAUGGAUCAGAGAGAAGGCCCCAGCAAAGACAUCCUGAACCCAGAGACCGCGAUGAACGGAAUCUGGAUAGAAAUUCAAAAAGGAUCGAACGCAAGGAGAGUCCUGAAAGGAAACGUAAGCCCUCAGCACCAGUAGAAAAGAAGGAGAAGAGCCAGAAGGUAGCAAGGAAGAAGUCGAAGCGUGCAGCCAGCAGCAGCUCAGACUCCAGCGAUGACUCGUCGGACAGUGAAAGCGAUUCCGAUUCCACGUCCUCGGAUAGUUCUGAGGAGAGCUCUAGCUCCUCUUCCUCCUCGGACGAGCGCAGCAAGCGCAAGAGGAGCAAGAAGUCGAAGCAGAAGAAAGCUCAGUCGAAAAGCAAACACAAAUCGAAAAAGAGACACCAUGGAAAAUAAAAUAAAGCGAUUUUCUUGACUGGAACAUA